AUGUGUUACAGCAAGGUUGGCAAGCCGGGUGGACAGAAAACUAGGUCUCACCGAGAUGUUAGUGGUGUGACUGAAGAUUCAAGAGAAAAUGCAUUUCUAGGUGCAGUUUCCAAGAUGGGGGUCGCAUCUUGGUAUGUUAAUGUUUUCAUGGAGAACCAAAGUGUGCGUUUCAAGAUGGACACAGGUGCAGAUGUAACUGUCAUCCCAGAGGGCUGUGUACCAGAGAUAAAAACUCCACUUCAGAAGUCUAUGAAAGAACUGUUUGGCCCUGGCCAAAACUCACUGAAUGUGUUGGAGGUCUAUGUUGUGAAGAAUCUGCAAGAGCCACUGUUAGGCAGGCCAGCGAUUGAAGCAUUACAACUGAUAAAACGUAUCGAGUCAGUUCAGAGUACAUCCAACAGUUACAGAGAGGUAUAUCCUAAGCUCUUCUCGGGUCUGGGUAAAACAAAGGAAACCUACAAGAUUAGACUGCAAGAGAAUUCUGUACCAUAUGUCGUCUCUGCUCCAAGACGGGUACCACUGCCGCUGCAGAUGAAGGUAAAAAAAGAACUGAACCACCUGGAGGAGCUAGAUGUGAUUCGUCCAGUGACCACACCAACAGACUGGUGCACACCAUUAGUAGUGGUGCCUAAAGAGAAGAAAGACACAAUCUGCUUAUGUGUAGAUCUGACAAAGUUGAACGAGAGUGUCAAGCGAGAAAACUAUCCUCUUCCUUCCACGGACCAGCUGUUAGCACAGCUUGCAGGAGCGACAGUGUUUACUAAGUUGGACUGUAAUAGUGGUUUCCACCAAGUGCCAUUAGAUGAAGGUUCACAAGAGCUGACAACGUUUAUUACUCCAUUCGGGCGCUUUUGUUAUAAAAGGCUGCCCUUUGGAAUUUCUUCAGGUCCUGAGGUGUUUCAUUGCAUCAUGUCACAGUUGUUGUCUAUCAUCCCAGGAGUGAUUUGUGACAUUGAUGAUGUCCUGGUGUCAGGGCACAGCCAGCAGGAACACGAUCAGAGGCUGAAGGAGGUUUUGCAGAGACUGGAAGAUGCAGGACUGACCUUAAAUGAAAAAUGUGUUUUUAAUCAGAGCCAUAUUAAGUUCUUGGGACAUAUUAUCUCUAAGGAAGGUGUGCAGAUGGAUCCAGCAAAAGUAGAAGUGAUCCAGAAGUUACCUUGUCCCCAAAAUGUGCCAGAAUUGCGCCGUGUUCUGGGCGUGAUUAAUUUUGUGCAGAAGUUUGCUCCAGACCUCGCUGACCAGACCAGACCUCUCCGGGAGUUGCUAAAGAAAAACUUGGGAAGAAGCACAGGAACAGGCGUUUAUGUUUGUCCAUUCUUCAUGGUGAGAGAUGACUUAACAGUCCAAGAAGGACUAUUAUUUUAUCGCACUAGACUUGUCAUCCCAGUGGAACUGAGGAAGGACAUUUUGACCCGAAUUCAUGAUGGCCAUCAAGGCAUUGUAAAGUGCAGAGCUCUGGCCAAGUGUUCUGUGUGGUGGUCAGGACUAUCUCAACAGAUCCAGUCCAUGAUAGAAAACUGUGCAAUCUGCGAGAAAGAGAGAAAAGCUAGACUUGAGCCAUUGAAGUCGAGCAGUGUUCCGGAUUUCCCAUGGCAGAAAGUGGGAAUGGACUUGUUUGACUGGCGUGGUAAGCAGUAUCUACUCGUAGUAGAUUAUUUCUUUCGUAACAUUGAGUUGGCUUAUCUACCAGCCUCGAAAUCUUCAGAGACUGUUAUUGUUCAUUGCAAGAGUAUCUUUGCACGACAUGGGAUUCCUGAAGUUGUUCAAUCAGAUAAUGGACCAAAAUUUGCAUCCCAGAAAUUCAGCAGAUUUGCUACAGAAUAUGGAUUCACCCAUGAAACCAGCAGUCCUCAUUAUCCGCAAGCUAAUGGAGAAGCUGAAAGGGCUGUGCAGACGGUCAAGAAUUUUCUGUUGAAAGCUGAAGACCCAUAUCUGGUGCUACUUAACUACAGAGCGACUCCUCUCCAGUGUGGUUUCAGUCCAGUAGAAAUGUCCAUGGGCCGUUGCCUGAGGACGAGAGUUCCAGUCGUCCCUGCCUUGCUUACUCCUGACUGGCCUAAACUGGCUGACAUGAAGUUGGCAAAUGCAAACCAGAAGGAAGUGCAGAAAAAGAACUUUGACAGGUAG